UAUUUCGUGGAACUCCUGUUAGGCACCUUCUGAACUUUUGGCUCUGACUUUCCAGGCGAGAUUCCGUCUCAGGUCGAGCUCUAGGCUGACUGCAGCAGGCGGAUCCGUUCUGUUUCCAAAGCUUGCUUGCUGCCCGCUUGCCGGUAGCAAGAUAAGGAUCCGCCGUCUUACUCGCCCGAGAUUAGGUGACGAACAUCUUGCAACCGCGUUUUUGUAGCAGACUUUCAGUAAGGAUCGUUUGUCUCGGUAUAGCUCCGACACCAUGCUCUUCCUGCUCUCAUGGCCUCUCCUAUCUCUGCUGGGAUACUUGUAUCCGGCAUACGCAACGUACAAGACAGUAGAACGACGGUCGUCAGAACCCGAUGACUUUCGCUUUUGGUGCAAAUACUGGGUGAUUAUGGCGGCAUUCCACGUCCUCGAAAGCUGCCUCUUCUUUGGCCUGAUCACCUGGCUUCCAUUCUACGACGUCUUCAAGGUCCUCUUCUGCGUCUAUCUCUGGCACCCGCGGACCCAGGGCACGCUGCUGAUCUACCACCGCGCCAUCGUGCCUGCGUUGUCGCGCCACGAGCGCGAGAUUGACAACAGGAUUGCGGAGGUGCAGACACGUGGCAUGGAUCUGGCCGUUGAGUACUCUCGCCUCCUAGCAUCUAAGCUCAUGUCCCUUGCGAAGGCGGGCGCUGAGGCCGCUCCCAAAGUCUACGAACGUUACCAGCAGCACGCCACAGCUCAGCCUGCAGCUUCAACAGCAUCCACCUCCUCCUAUUCCUCGGGGGAGCUGGGAGAGAAGAUCACGGGCACUGGAGAGCCAGUGGAUUAUGACUCUGUUCUUCGAGCCCGCAAGCCAACUUCCACUACCGGGAUGGACUAGGCUGGAUGGGUUAUGCGAUAUAAUAUAGAGGCAAAUAUGAGGCUUCACUCUGCUGGGAUGGACUAGGUGCCAGCUGUAGAAUGUUGGGCAGCUGUCUCUCUCGCCUUGUUCACAUGAGUAACUCAUAGGAGUUCUGGUGUGUGCUCGAAUUGCAUGGUGCGAUCAAUGUAGUUCAUCUUGGUGUGGGUUUUUAGGUAUGCUUGAACGUUACAAGUCAGAUUCAGCUCCUCAUGUUCAUUGUACUUAUAUUUGAAGUUUGAGUCAUAUUGUUCAGUGGUGUUCACUGUAAUUACCGCUAGUUUUGCUGUCAGGGGUCUGC